AUGAACUUUAAGUGGAUUGUGAAACGGUUUCUUAUCUCGUUUUCAAUCUGCCAGUUCCUGAUUUCCGUGGUUCAAAGCCAGCUCUCAGACACUGAAGGACGACUACAAAGGAGGACUAAUGCACUUCGGAGGAAACGGGAUCUCCUCGGGGAGGAGAAGUUCAGAUCGCUUCUGGCUGAGGAGGCUCUCCCUCGCAGCGCGCUACACAACUACACAGCCCGGGACGCCUCUUCAGAGUACUGCGGCUGUCUCAACGGAGGCUGGUGUCUGGAUGGAGGAGUGUGUGACUGUGCCCAGUUCCAGGCAGUGGGAGACCGCUGCCAGAUGAUACCCAACCUCGGCCGGGACAGAGAUGGGAUCUGCCGCUCCUGGGGCCAGCACCACUAUGAAACCUUUGACGGAAUCUACUUCUACUUCCCCGGGACCUGCUCCUACAUCCUGGCCCAGGACUGCCACUCGGCCGUGCCGCAGUACACCGUCUGGGUGCACAACAGCCGAGUGUGCGAGGGCAGUGUGUACUCGUGCCCACGUGCCCUCAGCCUUUUCUUCCCCAACGAGGAAGAGAUCCACAUCUCAGGAUAUCAGGUCCACCAGGGAGGCCGAAGGUUGAGCCUGCCUCAGACCAUAGGCGGAGUGUUCAUCGAGCGUCUGGCCGACUACCUGCUGGUGAAGAGUGUGUUCGGCUUCUCCUUGGCCUGGGACGGGGGGUCUGGGGUCUACCUGAAGAUGAGUGAGGAGCACCAGGGCGCCCCCUGUGGCCUGUGUGGGAACUUCAACCAUGUGGCCAGAGAUGACCUCACCACUGCCCACGGCACGAGGACAGAGGAGCCGGUGGUGUUUGGUAACAGCUGGGUGGUGGACUUGCCUCACGAGGCCUCCUGUCCCUCGGUGGAGCUGGACUUCAACGGGCCCUGCCAGUCGGAGUCUGACAUGGAUGACGCCAUAGAGAAGUGCAGUGCUCUCCUCUUCUUUCCAUUUCUGUCUUGUCACGAGAACAUCGACCCCAACCCCUUCGUAGCGAGCUGUGUCUCGGACCUCUGUGUAUCUGAUGAUGAGGAAAUAUUUUGCCGGACCUUGGUGGAGUACACGCGAGCCUGCUCUCAUGUGGGCUACCCGGUCCGAGAGUGGAGGGACAGCUUUCCUUCCUGCAAUGACGGCUGUGAGGAGAGCUUCGUCCACAGGGACUGCAUCAGCUGCUGCCCACCAACGUGUACUUUUGAGAAGGAGUGCCUGGGGACCAACCUGCACUGUCUGGACGGCUGCUACUGUCCUGAUGGCCUGAUUCUGCAGAACGGCACGUGCAUCGCCGUGGCUCAGUGUCCCUGUGUCUACCACGGGGCGUCCUACACACAGGGACACGUGCUGGAGCAGGGCUGUAGCGUCUGUGUGUGCAUGGGGGGGGUGUGGAACUGCACUGACAACAACUGUACAGCUGAGUGCUCGGUGGCGGGGGACGUGUUUGUGACGACGUUCGACGGCCGGAUGUUCCUCCAGCCGGGGGUGUGUCAGUACGUCCUGGCCAAGAGCCACCGCAGCAGCCGCUUCACCGUCACGCUGCAGUACGCCACCUGCGCCGAGCAGAAGGCGUGUGUCCAAUCUGUAACCGUGGUGUUGGACGAGGACGUGAGCCGUCAGGUGACCUUGACCAGAGAGGGGGAGGUGCUCAUCGGGGUCAACCCAGCACCUGUUCUGCCCUUUAGAGACGACUCUGUGGAGGUGACGAGGCUGACCCCCGUGUUCACGCUGCUGAAGGCAGGCAUCGGCCUCCGCCUGCAGUAUGAUGGCCACGGCGGGCGGGUCUAUCUCCAACUGGACAGCCAAUGGCGUGGCUCCACCCUCGGCCUCUGUGGAACCUUCAACGGAAACCUCAGAGACGACUUUCUCUCUCCAGCAGGCAUGAUAGAGGGGACUCCACAGCUCCAUGCUAACGCCUGGAAGGUGUCGUCUGCCUGCGUAGCUCCAGUCAACCAGCCCAUCAUAGACCCAUGUGAGAUGAACCAGCACAAUGCGUUCUACGCGUCGCUGUGCGAUGUGAUCCUGGGCAGCGUGUUCUCCCAGUGCCACGCUUACGUCAGCCCUAACGUCUACCACCAGCAGUGCCGCUACCAGGCCUGUCGCUGUGGCAACAGCUGUCUGUGCACGGCGCUGGCCCACUACGCCUACCUCUGCUCCAAGCACGGCGUGCACGCCGACUUCAGGACCCACGUCUCCGAGUGCGGCGUGGUGUGUCUCGGAGGUAUGAUGUACCACUCCUGCGUGUCCACCUGCGGGCGCUCCUGCCGGGCUCUGUCCAGCCCAGAGACGUGUAACCAUGACGACUGCGCCGAGGGGUGUGGCUGCUCAGAGGGCAGCUUCUACGAUGAGAUGCGCCAGCGCUGUGUUCAGCAGUCGCGUUGCCACUGCUUCUCCAUGGGCGGGGUGUCUCUGCCCGGGGAGGUCAGCUUCAGCGCGUCCGGCCCCUGCCUCUGCAGAAACGGGCAGAUGGAGUGUGUGCCAGAAGAAAGAGAGCCAGAUCGGACGGACACGCAGGUGUGUCCUGAGGGGAAGGUGUACCACAGCUGUGGAGAGCAGAGAGGGGGCGUGUCCUGUGAGCCCACCUGUCGUAACCUGAUGUUGAACCUGACCUGUCCCCCCAACGCGCCCUGCAUCCCUGGCUGUGUCUGCCCUCCUGGCUUGGUCCUCCACCACGGAGAGUGUUUCUACCCAGAGAGCUGCCCCUGUGUGUGGCUGGGUCUGGAGUACCUUCCUGGUGAAGCAGUGGACACACCCUGCUACAAGUGUGUCUGUCACCGGGGCUUCUUCAACUGCAGCUACCUGCCCUGUCCGGCGGUGUGCACCGUGUACAGCGACCGACACUACCACACCUUCGACGGCCUGGAGUACGACUACCCCUCCGACUGUCAGGUCUACCUGAUGAAAGGCCUCGGAGAGGCAGAGGUGUCCAUUGUGGCCCAAAACAAAGACUGCUAUGAGAGCGGCAUUGUCUGCAUGAAACUGCUGGUCAUUCACGUGGGCCUCACCAAAAUCUACUUCACAGACAACUCAGGCAACCCUAGCCCCUCCACAGUGGUGGGACGUGGCUUUGACUUUGAGCUGUGGAAGGCGGGCUACUACACCGUGGUCCACUUCUCUGGCCAGGACCUGACCAUCCUCUGGGACCGCAAGACCACGGUGCACAUCAGAGCGGGGCCUCAGUGGAAGGGCCUGCUGAGCGGACUGUGCGGGAACUUUGACAGCGUGACCGUGAACGACAUGACCACUUCCAGCCACUUGGAGGUGAACAACGCACAGAGCUUUGGAGACAGCUGGACCCUGGGUCAGUGUGAGAGUGAGUACGUAGUCAAGCGACCGUGUGAAGGGGACUUGGGACGACAGCCAUAUGCCAAGAGGGAGUGUGCACUGCUCUACAGCGACGUCUUUGCACCUUGUCACAAUAUGGUGGAUGUGACCUGGUUCUAUAGGAACUGCCUUACAGACACGUGUAACUGUAACCGUGGGGGGGACUGUGAGUGUCUGUGCACCUCCAUCGCUGCCUACGCACACAAGUGCUGCCAGCAGGGGGUCACCAUACACUGGAGGUCCCCCUCUGUCUGCCCCUACGAUUGUGAAUACUAUAAUCAAGAGCUGGGGGACGGGCCCUUCUCCCUGGUGAGUGCUGCGUACAACGACACGGUGCUGGGGGCCAACUACUCCAGUGGCUCAGUGUUCCCCCUGCUGAGGGACCGCCCCGGUGCGCUCCCUUCACCCAGCCUGCUCUUCAACUUCAUGGUCACCGCCGCCCUGCAGAAGGACCGGGCCUCACGCGUUCCCAUGGUGUCCCUGGAGUCGGCAGAGAGACCUAACUACUUCCUGGUUGUGUCGGGGCGCAGCCACCUCCAAUUGGAGCGCUGGGCUCGAGGGGCGGAGUUUGGCCGCAGGGGAACGUUCAUCCAGCACCAGGGACUGUUCGUGCCGGGCCACACCUCCUUCGAGCUGCUCAGCCAACCGGGCUUCUUCCUGACGCUGACGCGCACGGCGGCCCGAGUCCAGAGAUACGACAACACAGCGGGCUUCAGAGCCAGCAGCAGCUUCACCCUGCAGGAGAGCAGCUUCGUCAUCCCGUACCGCAUGAUGUGUGAGUGGCGCUACCAGGCCUGCGCCAGCCCGUGCGUCCACACCUGCAACGACCCCAGAGCCACGCGCUGCCACUUCCUGCCGCCUGUGGAGGGCUGCUUCCCCCGCUGUCCCCAGAACAUGGUCCUGGACGAGGUCACCAGGAGGUGUGUCUACAUCGAGGACUGUGUGACCCUCCCCCCGACCCCGACUCCUUUCGCUCCCACAGGGAUGACCACCACCACCACCACCACCACCACCACCACCAGCCGUACCGGAGCAACCCCAGGAAUCACUCAUGCCGUAACCACGGGGACGGCCCCCUCCUCCGCCCGGAUAACAACAACAACACCAGCCGCCGGCCCCGCCCAUUACCCCACCUCCGCACCGACCACACCCGACGCCGGAGCCAGGCCGGUUGCGACAACGGCCGGCCCCUCUGUGGCCCCCUCCAGCCCCUCCUCCCCGCCCCCACCCUCCCACAGCACCACCCUCGCUCCGUCCCCGACCCCGGCGGAAGCCACCGUCACCACACCCGGCUACACCCCUCGUCCGGGUACCACCGCCGCCGCCACGGCAACCCCACCACAGCCACGCCCCCUCCACACGAUCGGCACCACAGAGACACGCCCCGUGGACACGACGGCCGCCGUCGCCGCGACGACCACGUCGGCACGGCUCGGCACCCACGCAUCUCCGGCCGAGUCUGUCACCACGGUGAUGUCCAGGAGCCCUGAGACCUCUACCGCGGUCGGAGAGGUGUCGACCACCGCCCGUCCCUCCGUCCUACCGACCACGCCCUGUACGCCACCGUACUCGUACCGCUUGGACGAGUGUGCCGAGCUGAUCUGCUUCAACGGGGAGCUGCUCCUCCACAACGCCUCGCUCCACUGCCGCUACAACACCAGCCAGCCCCACUGCAGCCUGCUGGGCCUGCCGCUGCUCAGCAACACAGACCCCUGCUGCCCCCUGUGGCAGUGCCCCUGCCGCUGCUCCGUCAUGUCCGACCUGCGCGUCAUCACCUUCGACGGGAACAACGUGGCUCUGUACGACAACGGCUCCUACAUCCUGGUCCAGCUGCCCAGAGAGACCAUCAUCGGCACAGUGGAGAAGUGUCCCACCAGCCAGAGCGUUAACUCCAUCCGACGGCCUGGUCCCAGUGGCCCGUCAGGCCUGUGCUUCAUGAAGCUGAACAUCACCACCUCCACCUACCGCAUCCUCAUCAACCGGCUGGACCGCAAGGUGUUGGUGAACUACCGGCCGGCCAAGCUGCCAUUCUCCCGCCAGUCUCUGCACAUGGACGACACGGGCAGCAUGUACCUGCUGCAGACCCCCGGGGGGGUCGGCAUCCAGUGGUACCACAGCACCGGCAUCAUGGUGCUGCAGUACACUGCCCCCCGCAACGAGACGGGACACACCCGCGGCCUGUGUGGCUGCUGUGACGGGAACCCGGCGGACGACCUGAAGCUGCCCAACGGCACGGUGGUGCGUGAGCUGACGGACAUGAGGCUGUUCCUGCAGGCCUGGAAGGUGCAGACGUCGGACGAGACGGAGCACAUGCGGCGGGUGGGGGACAACUGCACCACGGGGGACUGCUCCAUGUGCCUCUCCAUGCUGCGGCAGAGAGCCUUCACACCCUGCCACAGCAAGGUGUCCCCAGAGCAGUUCUGUGACAUCAUGUGGGCAGGGGACCUCCACUAUAAAGACCACCAGUGCGACUUCAUGGCAGCGUACGUGGCAGUCUGCUACACACACAGCGUCUGCAUCAGCUGGAGGAGACACAACUUCUGCCCAUUGCGGUGUCCCCCCGGUAAGGAGUACCAGUCCUGUGUGAGCACGUGCACGACGCGCACCUGCCUGAACCGCGAGUACUACGAGGAGACCACCUGCUCCCACGUCCGCGAGGAGUGUGUGUGCCGCGCUGGGACCAUCCUGCACCGCGCAGACUCCUCCUACUGCGUGACAGAGGACCGCUGCGUGUGCACGGACAACGAGGGCCGGCCCCGGGCCCCUGGCGAGGUGUGGAACGGCUCCCUGCGCGGCUGCUGCCUCAACCAGUGCCUGGCCAACGGCUCGGUGGUGGCCGUGGAGCCCGACUGCAGCUCCAGCCCCGCCCCUCUGUGCGAGAGGGAGGGGGAGUACGUGCUGGACGUCCUGGAGGAGGGGGUCUGCUGCCCCAAGAAGAUCUGUGAGUGCAAUAUGACCAUCUGUCGGAGUGAGGCCCCGCCCUGCGACAACGGUAACCGCCUUGUGAUUGGCUACAGCGCUCUGUCCUGCUGCCCGGACUACAGAUGUGAGUGCGACCCUCUAGCCUGUCCCCUGGUGUCUGCCCCGGACUGCAGGGAGGAUCAGUUCCUCGUGGAAGUGAGGGAUGAGAGCCCAUGCUGCUACUCAUACCUGUGUGUGUGUGAGUCCUGCAUUGAGCCCCUCCCAAACUGCUCCCGUGGAGAAAUGUUGGCUGUCGUAUUAAACACGACAAGCAGAUGCUGUCCGCAAUACCACUGUGUGUGCGACGUGAACCUCUGCCCUGGACCACCAGAGAGUUGUGAUCCUGGUCUCUCAUUGGUGCAGACGGCGGUCCCGGGUCAAUGCUGCCCCCAGCAGCGCUGUGAGUGCCAAUGUGACAGCUCUACCCCCGUUUGCCAAGUGGGGGAGCUCCUGGUGGAGGUGCCUGGCGCCAGCACGCACUGCGGCUGCCCUCUGCAUGCAUGUCAAAAGGGAGAGGUGUGUGUUUUCCAGGGUGUGACAGUGCUGGGCCCGGGCCAGUCUCUGGUCCAGUACUUUGAGGCAGACCUGUGCUACACCGUCCACUGCCUGCACAAUAAGGACCGAGACACUGGCUUCCACUCCAUGGAGAUUGCCUCAGUCAACUGCUCCCAGAGAUGUGGUCCACACCAGGUGUAUGUGGCAUCCUCCGACCCCCAGGUUUGCUGUGGUUCCUGUAGGAACGUCUCCUGUAGCCACAGCAGCGACAACGGAACCACAGAGCUGUUCACUGCGGGGAGUUCCUGGGUGGAGAACUGCACACGCUAUGACUGUAUGGAGACAUCUGUGGGCGCAGUGGUCCUCGCUUCUGGAGUGGUCUGCCCGCCCUUCAACGACACAGACUGUGUUCAAGGUGGCGGGGUGGUGCAGAGCUACGUGGACGGCUGCUGCAAAACAUGUACUGGAGGGGGUGUUUUACCAUUUACCGUUAACCCUGUAACCCCCACUGGUAGUACUAACUGUGACAAAGGCAAAGAGGACGGAAAGACCUGCAAGCGUGUGGCCAUUCGCACCACCAUCCGAAAAGAUGACUGCAGGAGUAAUGCCCCGGUGACGGUGUAUUCCUGCGAUGGCAAAUGUCCGUCGGCCACCAUAUUUAACUUCAACAUCAACAGCCACGCCAGGUUCUGUAAGUGCUGCCGGGAAAGUGGACUCCAGACGCGGACGGUCAUACUCUACUGCUCCCGCAACGCCACCCUGGUCGACUACAACUUCCAAGAGCCUCUGGACUGCUCUUGCCAGUGGAAUUAGCUGCAGAGUUUGUACAGAUUAAGAGAUGUAACGUGUGCAAAAGGAUAGACAUAUGGACAGGAUGUGGGUGUGGGGUUAUAGGUAUUAAAAACAGCCAUGUUUUGUAUUUGUUGUACGUGUCACUACCAUUAACAGAGACCUAGAUACUUAAGCACUUUAGUCUCGUUUAUCUUAUGAGUUGUUUUUCUAUUCAUCUUUGUAGUGCUUCCAACCACGAUGAAAUUAACAUAUUAUUUUAAAGUAUAUGCACAGAUUAUUUGAUUUUAUUGAGCAGAUGAAGGCCAUUACUUUCUAUUGUAAACGUAUUGCUUUUAAGUAUCAUGCUUCUGCAUUCAAACCCCCUCAGUGUAUUUCCUGGCUUCCUUUCAACUGCAUAAAUUGUGUACUGAUAUUGUGUGUCAGGGCUCCUGUCCUUGGGGAAGUUCAUUGAAUCAUUACUAAGGGCUACGUUUUUCUUCUCUGCAGAAUCUGUUUUUGGACAUGCAUAGGUAAAUAAAACAUUGAAGACUUCCCUCAUGACCU